AGUCGUGUCGUGUGUCAAGUUGCGGGAGGUUGCGCGCAUGUUUAUUUAAAGCUUACUGACGUGUGUGUAGAAUUGCGCGCGCAAUGAAUCAGGCACCAGUGUCGUGUAUUCCAGCGGGGAAGAUGUCAAAAGCGAAGAAGGUGCUCGAUGAGGCCCGCGAGAUCCAGAAUCCGGAGUUGGAUCUCGCGGAUAAGAGUAUCUCGACGUUCGAAGAGAUGCCAGGAUUGCUUAAUAUGAUUAAUAUUACAAGGUUGACUCUGAGUCACAAUAAAAUUCAAGCUGUACCACCAGGUCUUGCUAAUCUAGUCAAUUUGGAGAUAUUAAAUCUGUUCAAUAAUCAUAUUACUGAGCUUCCAAUUUCAUUGUCACAAAUGCCAAAACUACGGAUUCUUAAUGUAGGGAUGAACAGAUUAGAUGUGCUUCCACGUGGAUUUGGUGCUUUCCCAGUAUUAGAAGUCUUAGAUUUAACUUAUAAUAAUCUAAGCGAAAAGAAUUUACCAGGAAACUUUUUUAUGAUGGAGACCUUAAGAGCACUGUAUUUAGCUGAUAAUGAUUUUGAAUAUCUACCUCCUGAAAUUGGGCAAUUAAAAAAUUUACAAAUCCUGGUAUUGAGGGAAAAUGAUUUAGUUGAAUUACCAAAAGAAAUUGGCGAAUUAACGCGACUCAGGGAAUUACACAUUCAAGGGAAUCGAUUAACGGUUUUACCUCCUGAAAUAGGAAAUCUGGAUUUAGUAAGUAAUAAAGCAGUGUUUAGAAUGGAGUUUAAUCCAUGGGUUAUACCAAUAGGCGAUCAACUGCAAGUUGGCAUUUCUCAUGUUAUGGAUUACAUACGUUCUGAAACAUAUAGAUAUGUAUACAGUCGACACCAAAGCGCCAAAGGACCGCCACCGCCGAUAGAAAACGACAAGAGUAAGAAAAUAUCCCGUGUUCGUUAAAACGGAACAGAAAAUGAUUAACUAACACCAUCAAAAAUAUUUCUAAACUAAUAUAACUUCUUUUAAUUCGCUCACUGCCAAGAAUCUCAUAGCUUAACAUAUUUGCAAUCUGAGGGGUGCCUUAAUGAUUAACACAGAAAUAGAUGUCACAUAUUUCAAUUUUGCAACCAGUGACACAUGUACAACAUUAAUUAUAUAUUAUAUGUAUAAUCUACUGUUAUACUAUUCAAAUCUGAUGAUUAAUAUAUAAUAAAUGCUAUUUUUAUAAUAAUUAAAUAAUAAAUAUAAUUUGGAUAAAUAAACAAUACUUUAUAUAGAAUGAAA